AUGGGCACGAGAUGGUCCCACCAGGCUCGCCUCCUCUGCGGCAUUCGUAAGGGGAACGAUGACAUCGAGGACUAUCUGGAUAGGUUCCUGGAUGCCGCAGAGGAGGAUGUCUUCGGGGAGAAGGAGGUGGCGGUGCUUUUUAACUCCGGUGUGUUUGGUUGUGCGUCUGUAUCAGUGACUGAAGGAGAAUCUGUUAUUCUGUCUAUGAAUCUGACUGAACAUCAGAGGAAACAGGGCAUCAAGUGGAAGUUUGGAGCUCAAGGAUAUCUCAUAGCAGAAAUCACCAGAGAAGUCGGUAAUGUCACUUUAUAUGAAGGAAGAGAUGACGGGAGAUUCAGAGACAGACUGAAGCUGGAUCAAACUGGAUCUCUCACCAUCACGAACACCAGAAUCACAGACUCUGGACUUUAUGAAGUGACCAACACCAGCACCAACACCAAACUCAACACAUUCAACAUUACUGUCCACGCUCAUCAGCCCGUUCCUGUCAUCUCCAGAGACUCUUCUCAAUGUUCUUCAUCAUCAUCUUCAGUGUCAACAUGUGUGUUGUUGUGUUCAGUGAUGAAUGUGUCACAUGUGAGCGUCUCCUGGUACAAAGGAAACAGUUUAUUGUCCAGCAUCAGUGUGUCUGAUCUUCAUACAACCGCAUCCCUUCAUCUGGAGGUGGAAUAUCAGGACACAAACACAUACAGAUGUGUCGUCAACAAUCCCAUCACAAACCACACACAACAUCUACACAUCACUCAACUCUGUCACAAGUGUUCAGAUGAGAUCUACUGCUGUUGUGGUUUUACUGAAUCUGUGAUCCGAUUGGUCAUUUCUGCUCUGGUGGGUGUGGCUACUGUUGCUGUUCUGGUUUAUGACAUCAGAUUAAAAGAAGGUUGUGUUAAAAGAAACUGA